AUGCAGGACGUAAACAUCGCCGAGGUUGUUGCCUCUUCCGCAGCCGCCGCAGCAGCUGUGGGCACAUUUGAUUGGAUGGAGGCGGUGGGCGCCUUUAGC